AUGGAGAGCGGCGGUCUGGCCCUGCUCCUGGCCCUGGCCCUGGCCCUGGCCCUGGCAACGUGCGCCAGCCCCGCCGGGAGGAAGUGCGUCCUCUCAGGCUCGUGGCGGAGCGACGGCGGCUGCCGGAUGGUGGUGUCCAUCCUCGGGCAGGACGGCGGCUUCUCAGGCUCCUACCUGCCGGGUGCCGUUGCCAGCGACCCCCAGAUCCCGGCCUCGCCGCUGAAGGGGUCACAGCAGGACGCGGGGCUGGUGGCGCAGCCCACCUUCUCCUUCGCUGUGCACUGGCAGCACCGAGAGGCACCGGGAGGCAGCACGACGGCCUUCGUGGGCCAGUGCUUCGUGGAUGAGGCCGGCGAGGAGUCCCUGCACGCCCUGUGGCUGCUGCGGGAGGAGGUGGCGAGCCCCACCGAGGACUGGAAAGCCACCAGGAUCGGCACGAGCGUUUUCACCCGGAUAAAGUGACAGCAGGCGGGAAAAUCCACCAGGCGAGGCCACCGCCACGAGGAGACAGCCUGCACCUGCCUGCUGCAAGUUUGCAGCCCGCACAUGAACGCUGCACAU